CUAAAAUCUGUCACAUCACAAGGUCAGAACUCCGAUAAAAACAUGUGGAAUGUAUAAAAAGAUUUAAGUCGCGAGUCUCGUCGAUAUUAUGAUGGUGAAGUUCGUGUUAGUUUAGAAUUAUUCGUGCACAUAAAAUGUUUAUGUGAUAACAAGUACUUAACUUAUAAUUGUUUACUUAGAAAUAAAUAAUACAAAAUGAUAGAAGGAUACGGUGCAGUAACACAGGCCCUUUUAGGGACACUUCUGACGUGGGGAUUAACUGCUGUGGGGGCCGGUUGUGUGUUUUUUAUAAGAGGAAAACAUAGAAAAUUACUUGACGUGUCAUUGGGCUUUGCGGCGGGAGUGAUGACUGCAGCGUCUUACUGGUCUCUUUUAGAGCCAGCUAUAAACAUGUGUAAAAGAUCACAUAUUUACGGAUCAGAGGGCCAGUAUGCCUUCUUACCAGUGGCCUUUGGAUUCUUGUUUGGAGCUGUGUUUGUAUUUGGAACUGAUAAGUUCCUGGAUUACUUAGGAAUCAACUCUACUGGAAUGAUGAUAACUAUAACAAAGAGUAAAGACUCGAAGGAGAAAUUAGAAGACUUGGAGAUGAUGACGGCGCUGAACAGGCGGCCGUCGAACAACACCAGCGUGGUGACCAUGGACCCGCAGCAGCCGGGAGACUUCGCCGACUGCAUCAGCAACCAGCACACUGCGCAGCGACGCAGGGGCCACCACCACUCUCACCACUCACUGAAAGCCGGUGAGAACGGCGAAGGUGACCGUCGCGACAGCGUCACGAGGACGCUGGAGGCGCGGCAAUCGCAGUGGAAGCGGAUUAUGCUUCUAGUAGUUGCGAUCACCGUACAUAAUAUACCCGAGGGACUCGCUGUCGGCGUGUCGUUCGGCGCCGCCGGUUCGUCCGACGAAGCGUCCUUCCACACAGCCAGAAAUCUGGCGUUGGGUAUCGGCAUCCAGAACUUCCCUGAAGGUCUGGCUGUUAGCUUGCCGCUGCAAGCCGCUGGCUUCUCCGUGUGGAGGGCAUUCUGGUACGGCCAGUUGUCCGGCAUGGUGGAGCCCGUGUUUGGAGUGCUCGGAGCGGUAGCAGUGGCUGCAGCCCAGCCCGCUCUCCCCUACGCACUGGCCUUCGCCGCUGGUGCCAUGAUCUAUGUCGUCGCCGACGAUAUUAUACCAGAAGCAAACGCAUCUGGUAACGGCAAAUUAGCGACAUGGGGCUGCAUCAUCGGCUUCGUGGUGAUGAUGUGCUUGGACGUGGGGCUCGGGUAAGUUCCACCCGCCGCCACUCACGCCGUGCCUUCACCCGACUCACGCCGACUUAAUGCUGACUAGUAUUAACGCUCUGAGAUACCCCCUGUAAGUUAGAUGUAGAUAUUUUUGUAUAAAUCCAAAUGUGCUCAUCACCAUCUUGAUUUUGGAUACAUCAGAUUGCCUCUUAAUUUCCUACAAUUUGACUGAAACUACAUUAUGUUCACAGAAAGUGUAUUAAAAUUUCAAAAAUAUUCCAUUAAAAAAAAUAUUGUUUCGGAAUCUGAAUUUAUCAAUAAUUUAAUUGCAUAAUGAAGCGAUCUCAACUUUUAGGCGGUCAUUAAAAGGUUAAGAAUCCAUCGCUCGAAAUAGUUGCACGGCACACGAGUGUGUACGUGUCUCAAAUUUUAUACGUUUUCUAUAAGUAAUUGGUUGUAUUCAGUUCUCUAAUUGGCUCGCAACAGGUAGCCACGGCGGACACACGCCGAUGAUACUUAUAAUCUACUCUUUGUGUAUUGAAAGGAAAGUCUCAAGUAAACGUUCUAUUCAUGUAAAUGUCAAUUGUAUCCAAAAUCAUCAUUUGUAUACAUCAUUAUACUGAUUGUAAGUGAAUUUCUAAGCUAGAUACUUACUGGCCACUGCAGAGCUAAGUAAGAAGUUUGUAAGUUUAGUUGUAUUGCAUUAAUGUGGUUCAUCUUGCGACUUGAGUUCGGUCACUUAAAAGUGAGACUAAGGUUGUCGCAAUUUUAUGAAACAUGUUUUGUAUCCAUUGCCAAGUCGCAUAACAGCAUCAGCAGUAGUCCAUGUAACUUGAUCUACGGAAUAGUACGAUAGUUGUUUAUAUUGCGGGAUCCCGCAGCCAAAUUAUUUAUAAUCUUGAAGGUGGAAUUCGUUGUAAAUAUGUAAAGUGUAUGAUAGCUGAAGUGCAAGUAGUGCAUAGUUGAUGCGGUUCCAUCCUGAAGCUGACCAAUUGGAAUUAAUUGUAU